CAUCAUGGACUAUAGAUAGCGCAGUUCCCUUGCAGCUUGCUGGUUUUGCCUACCCUCCUGCCCUGCCCUGUUUCUGUCUCACACAUGCAGACAUGUUGUGACCAGUGUCAUCACUUUCAUUUCGUCACAACAAACUUUUUAUGCUGCUGAUGUGAUAAUCAUUUUACGUGUGCAUGUUUUCAUUACUGUGGUUGUUUUUAAACUGGAAAGCUGACUGUUUCAAACUGCUGGCCCCUCCUGUGAAGUAGCACUUGGGCUCAAUAGAAGCAAAGCCCCUGCAGAUGGACCCUGCCCUGAAGUCAGGUCCUACCUCGUCUUCAGAGGGCUAGACUUGCCGAGAGCCCGUGCUGAGAUUUUCAAGCGGGGGACUGUUGUACUUGUGUAAGGGGAACCAGGUAGUGAUCAAAGCGUAUUUUCUGUAAAAGGCUGAUUCUCACAGUUUGUUGAGGACUGGACUUGGCAUAUCUGUUGCUCUAUCGAUGCUGUCGUUCCAGUUUUCACUGAUGAACAAGACUCUGGUGUCCUGUAACCCUGAAGUGAAGUUGAGUCCAGUUAACAGCAGGCAUUAGAAGUAGCGGCCUACACAACCCUAGAGAGGCUUCAUUGGCUCUCCUGCUUCUUUUGCAUCCCAAGCAUAAGCUUAAGUCGACUCAGAAGGACAAGGUCCGCCAGUUUAUGGCGCGCACUCAGGCUGGUGAGAGAACUGCCAUCUACUGCCUAACGCAAAGUGAGUGGAAGCUAGACGAGGCCACAGCCAGCUUCUUGCAAACCCCAGACGUGUUCCACAGGGAGUCCAGGCGGGACGCUGUGGACCAGAGGAAGCUGGAGCAGCUGUAUGGCAGGUACAAAGACCCGCAAGAUGGAGACAGAAUCGGGAUUGAUGGGAUUCAGCAAUUCUGUGACGAUCUGAGGCUGGACCCCACCAGCAUCAGUGUUCUGGUCAUAGCAUGGAAGUUCAGGGCUGCCACUCAGUGCGAAUUCAGCAGGAAGGAGUUCAUGGACGGCAUGACCGAGCUGGGGUGUGACAGCACCGAGAAGCUCAGAACCCUUCUGCCCAGCCUAGAGCAAGAGCUGCAGGACCCCGUGAAGUUCAAGGACCUCUACCAGUUUACCUUCACCUUUGCUAAGAACCCUGGGCAAAAGGGCCUCGAUUUAGAAAUGGCUGUUGCAUAUUGGAAAUUAGUGUUAUCGGGAAGGUUUAAAUUUUUAGAUCUUUGGAACACAUUUCUGCUGGAACAUCACAAAAGAUCAAUUCCACGGGACACUUGGAACCUUCUGCUAGAUUUUGGAAACAUGAUUGCAGAUGAUAUGUCUAACUACGAUGAAGAAGGAGCGUGGCCUGUCCUCAUCGAUGACUUUGUGGAGUAUGCACGGCCAGUGCUCUCGGGUGGAAAACACAGCUGAAGGUGGAGCAGGUCCGGAGCCAGCCCACAUCCUGCAGGGCACACCGGGUGGUGCUGUGUGCUUCGCUGCCAGUCUCAGCCACUGUCCUUGCCAUCGCAAAGCUGGAAGGCAUCCUCCUGCUCAGAGCCACAAUGUCUGGGGCAGGCUCCGUGGGGCUGCUCCCCCAGAGGACAGCUGCCGCAGGGGUCGGCCCGCUUGCUGUAGCUGCUGCUUUGGGGGAUUGCUGUCUGAUGCAGGUUCACGGUGAACACCAGCAGUUACCACUCGCACCCCGUCACAUUGUGACCACAGUACAGAGCCCUGUCUGUCCUGGGAGGAUGUGGAUAUGUCGAGUCGGACGGCCAGUGCCAGGAUGCAGCUCACCCAGGGACCCAGCGCUGUUCCUCCUGGGCUUGUGCUGUCUCCCUGGUUUGGAUAUUUGUUCUCUCAGGAUGUUUAUCUGAGACCCAUUUUAUAUUUAAGGCCCCGUUGCAGUCUGCAGUGGUGGCGUGUGUUGGCGUGACUGCAGCAAUCAGACUGUUGUCUUUCUGACAAUGCUAUUUCAACUUCCUGAGAAGUUCCGUACUUUUAAUAUUUUUUAUUUAAAAAGACAUUUUUCCAUUUUUCCUUUUUGAGUAGUGAAUUACAAAUUUAAAAUCAAAUGCUCUUGUCCCUUUCACCUGUCUGCAGUCCCACAAUGCCCAGGGUCUGGCCCUCUUACAGCCAUCCUCACGUGGACGCAAAGCCCACUCCUGGACCCUCAUCUCUUUUGCAAGCUACAGCCUGAGUUUACGCCCAGAGCCACUGGUGCGCGAGGUGCAGAGGCCCGGGGGCCACUCUCCUGCUGUUGAGCUUCGAGCAGCACCGUGCUGACCGGAGCACGCACUACAAGACCUUGUCCACAGUGUGCCUUGCUGCCCUCCUGCAGCAUGCCGUGGAGAGGCGGGCCGGGCUCUCUGGGCCAUCUCCAUGUCCUGUGCACAGGGUGCCCCUGGAACCUGCUCUGUGCUUAGCUUCUGUGUGGACCUGCCGCAGCCUGAGGACCAUGUGCCCUGCAAUGUGGGCAACUACCAGUGCUGCAGAGUGGAAGCCUUGCAGAGGGCAGCAGGGACGGAGGCCUGAGGGCGAGGCUGGUCUGUUCAGGGCGGGCCAUGUGACCUUUCUCAGGAUCUCUUGCCCUGUCUGAAAGAGGAAACAGCCAUCUCUAAGUCUAACUCAGCAUUUCUUCAAUAAAAUAAACUCUGGCUGUAAUAAAAACCCAAGAAGCAGUACAGCACCCCCCUAGACUGCCUGGACUCUUGUUCUGUUUGGAGAAGUUUGUAGAAUUCAGUGACUAAGUGAGGGAGGCCUGCAGUCCUUCUGUGUGUAAGUUUGAAGUUCUGUGGGACUGUCAAUAGAUACUGAAGUGAAGUUGGUCAGACUUCAAAGACCUGUGUUCUGCUGCUUCCAUUAGUCAACCUUUGAGUCCUGCAUGCUGCAAAGAUGCUAAGAACUUCAAAAUACCGCAAUAAAGUGUUUUCCCCAGA